GGGCCGUGGAACGUGCGGUGGUGACACGGUGUCGCGUCCCGACACUGAUUCCAGAUAUUUCUUAUUUUCCGCGCGGCUACGUUGAAAAGUACUGGCCCCCAAAUGCGCGAACCGCAAAUCCUGUUUCAUGUUCAUGUUCUGGAGCAAACGGACGGCGCUCACUAGACGUCUCCUAAAGGCCAAGGUCCGUGGAGAGCAUGAAACCGAGUGUGAAGCUCAAGAGGAUUCGUCACGUAUUCAUCGCGCAAACAACACGACCGGCACCGACAACGACACGUGCAACGUGACGGCAACGACGGGCCAAACAACCAGAGGAGCGCGUGGAGCGUCGUCAGGAGGAGGCGCUGUAGGAGGAGGUGGCGGUGGAGGUGGAGGAGGAGGAGGUGGAGGUGGAGGUGGAGGUGGUAGUCGUAUCUCCUCGAGUAGACUACAACAAGGUUGUUGCGGCGGUGAUCAAAGCCAGGACGAUGACGAGGAUCCCGUUCGUUUGUUGAGGUGCAAGGAGCUCCUCAAAUCGCUCAAGGAGAAUCAGCUAGAGAUGUUACUCACCGCCGUGGAGAGUUCCGGUGCCGAUCUCGGUUCGUGCAUCCUCGUGCCUCACCAGCAACCCGAGGACAGCUACGAUCCCGAGCAACAAUGUUAUCGGCCCCAUCGUUAUCAUUACCAUCACCAUCAUUAUCAUCACCAUCAUCAUUAUCAUCAUCGACAUCAUCGUAGACUUCAUCGUUCUUCGUCGUUGGAGAACGAUGAUGAUCAGAACUCUGGAUCGGAGGACUCGUGCACGUUACCGAUCAGACCGGAACGAUGCAGGGUACCUGUUCGAGGCUCCUACGACAACGCGCCAAUCGAUCCUCACCUGCUCUGCUGCCAGAUCUGGCGGUGGCCGGAUCUCGCUCACUCGUCGGAGCUCAAGAGACUUCCUGUCUGUCAUUCCGCUAAAGAUCCUGUAUACAUAUGCUGCAACCCUUACCAUUGGAGCCGGCUCUGCAAACCCGAGUCGCCGCCACCCCCGUACUGCCUUAUUGCCGACAGACUGAGACCCGAAGAUCGUGCGCCCAGCGAAGGGGAUCAACGUCGGUGCAAAAACAGCACACCCCUGCCACUUCCCGGCUCCCUUACCACCAACGGAGAAGGUGAAACAGGUCAGAAGGAAUGGUGUACCUUAGCAUAUUGGGAACUGGGUGGUCGAGUGGGUCGUUUGUACCCUGUGGAACCUUCAACAGUGAAUGUUUUCGAUUCUCUCCACGAUGGCGAUGGCCUUUGCUUGGCAACGUUAGCUGAGAAUCAUGUUGCACCUCCUGCAGUCCAAAAGACACGAAGCAAAAUUGGGCUUGGUUUAAUGCUUAGCCAAGAAGCAGAUGGUGUCUGGGCGUACAACAGAUCUGAGAGCCCGAUUUUCGUGAACUCGCCUACUUUGGAUGACCCAGAGUCUAGAACGUUACUCGUCUAUCGUGUGCCUCCUGGCUUUUGUCUGAACAUUUUCGACCGUACCAAAAUCCUGCAACUGCCAUACGGCAAUGGUAAUACGAGAAUAAGCAAUCAGGCAUCAGGAUUCGCGUCCGGUCCUGUUGAUAUCAACUCCGUCCGAAUCAGCUUUGCCAAAGGCUGGGGACCCAAGUACUCAAGACAGGAAGUCACCUCUUGUCCGUGUUGGCUCGAAGUACUCCUAGCACCGUGCAGGUGAUCCCUACACCUAAUCGUGAUGGUAUUCAGUCUCGUCCGUUUGCGCCUCUUCUUCCUCCUCGUCGUCCUCGAAGAGGACCGAUACGGCAAACUGACGCAGCAACGACGAAGCUCCGUCCCAAAGGCUGCCAACGGAUACUCAAAACGACGCGGAUCGCCGCCAGCAGUCUUACCAAAGUACGCCGCCAUACAUCCAGGAACAGCGUCGUUUUCUUUACCGAAAUGAACGAAGAAGAAAAAAAAAAUAAUAAUAAUGAAUCAUUCGGCAAGAGCGUUUCUUGUGCCUACGAACGGAGGAUAUGCAGUUCUACGUGGUACUCGAUCGUCAUACCUUGAUAACCUCUCUCGGCUAUAUCGUAACGAAAUAUUCGUCUUGAUUUGCCAAUAAUACCGUUGUACUUUCUUGAUAACGUUAAAUGAGAUUUCACAAUAAAAUAAAAGCGAAGCGGACACAUCCGCUAGGUCUAGUCAGUGGUAUUUAACGUUUCUGAAACUCGACGCUUAUUUCCCGCGUUAAGAAUAAAGAACAAUUUAUUGAAAUCAUAGAAAGUGUAAGGGUAACAUUGGCGUAGUCAAUUUAAUAGAAUCAUUUUUCUUCUUCUUUUUUUUUCUUUCCUGUUUCUUUGUAAGCUUAAUUAUCCAUACUGUCUGGCUAUGUCCUCGUUUAUAAUUAAAUAAAUCAUUGCACUGCAAGGAAGCAGAAGUACUUUGGGCUUCCGAUAAGGUCUAGUCAAUGGUGUUUGAAGAGCGUACAAGCUUGUUGGUCGCAUGGACGUUAAAAGAAAUUUAUCAAGAAACGAGAACACUGCCAACAGAAUCAAAGCAAGUACUUAGUGUUUCUUUCUUUCUUUCUUUCUUUGUUUUUAAUGUUACCUUCAAAAAGAAAAAGACUUUUACUUUAAAAAGUAAUGAUAUACUUUGUAGUAUAAAUUCUCCUUCAUUUACAUUGAACACUGUCAUAGAUUUGUUAACAUGACAAAAGGAUUCGUUGAAAAUUAACUAGAUCUAGAGAUACCUUUGUGAACUCAUGAAAUAUUCCAAGUGAGUUUCACGGAAGGUUCCUAACUAGUCAAUAAAGAAUAUUAGGAAAUUGUUAGGAGCUAACAAAUCUUAUCCCGAAUUCUUCUAUGUUAUAAAUCGAAUAUAUCAGUUGUAAUAAUCUUGUAAUGGCGUUUCAUCGAUGUUCAAAUAUCGUGUACCACGAGUACUGUAGUUGUCCCUGAUUGUCGUUCGGUGCUGUACAUACGUAUAUGUACAUACACUGUGCCUUCCCCAGCUUCCUUCGUGGUGCAAUGCGUGUGCGUGUAUCUCUAGAAUGUGUCUUCGUGCGUGUGUCUAAGAAUGAAUGCGAAGAAUCUGUGUGUCAGCUACGUUUCGUACCAAAUGCCCGAGAGCUUCGUACUACAGUAAUACGGUACUGUGAUAAAAGUUCAAAACCAGGUCUGUUUUUUUUCCUUCCUUUCAUCGGGAAACGCGUUCAUAGAGAGCACCGACGAGAAGAAACCACUAAAAAGAGACAAAAGCAAUCAAUCCGUUGAAACUGUGUAUAUUGUACGGCAAUGUAUGCUUGAAUUAUACGAAUCCAUAGACUCAGAUCUAGAAGAAACGUUGAAUUUAUAAUGAUAGUAGUUUAAUCGGUUAAUUUUGUACAUUUCUGAGAGAAAAUUAGCGUAAGCGAGCGGAGUUUUACAAAUUUUAUCGCGAAUGUCUUCGUUGGAACGAUACAGAGAGCAUGUGGUAUGCGGCUUUUCAAACAAUGAUUGCAAUGUAAAGAGAUCGUGUUAGAUGAGGUCGGAACGAUGAUGAUUAUUGUACGUGUAUAGGAUGCAACAUUGUACCACCAGUCAUACGUAUUCAUUCAUACGCAUACACAACGCAAGCAUGUAGAAAACACAAUCGACUGAUCGAGUAGUUACAUUUUUCGAGCCGUUUGUUACUUUUUCGUACGGCGGCUUUUGUCGGUGUAUAAAGCGGGAACAGGUACACUUGGGUGCAACGUAGGGUUCUAUUAAUUAAGAAUAAGUGUAAAGGAAGAGUUCUUCGACAUUUGCCUUUUUGAGGGAGGAGGGAACGAUGGAGAGAGACAGGGAGAGCGGAUGAUGGGACAUUUCUUCUAUGCUUUCUUUUAAGUCAGGGAAGGGUACAUUGCACGCAACUGUACACUUCGGUGCAAUAUAGGCUUUUCUAAGUUAAAGAUAAGUAGAAGGAGAAGAACCGCCCAUCAUUUACUUUCAGGGUUGGGAGAGCCUAGGGAGAAGCUAGGGAGAGCUCGGGACAAAUCUAGAAAGAGCCUAGGGAGAGCCUAAGCAAAAGCCAGGGCAAGUCUAGGGAAACCCUAGGGAGAACUAAGGGUACGCUUAGAAAGUAUUUAUGAAAAAACUAAUCCAGAAUCUCCCAUUCUCAGCAUACCUAAAAAAUAUGGAUAAAUAGGGCCAAUGAUGAAACACUCCUUCACCUUAUACUUCCUCUGAACUAAAAGAAGCCUUAGUUGGAUGCAACUGUACAUACGCGGUCCUGUAUGACAUGCCGAACGAGGUAUAUUGUGAUGCGUAUAUUGUCGCUUAAAUGUUAUGUAUAUUAAUGUGUAUACGUAUGUAUACAGAAAUGUUCAUAGGUAGCUAGCUAUAUCUACUGCAACGGAAUGAUUCUCAGGCCUGUACAUAAUAUAAAAUUAUAAACAUAGCAAUCUUAAACCUAAUUCAGACCUCCAUACAUUGGAUCGGAUAUAUAAAAAUUGUGAACAUUUGUUUGGAAACGUUUAAACAAAUGCUUCUAUUGAAAAUGGAUAACAUGUGUUUUUAUUAUAAAUAAACAAAAUUGUUGACGCGUUUUUUGGACAAAUGUUUAGCUCUUUGUCUGUAGAUCUGAAUUAGAAUUAAGUAUAUCAAUUUUUUUUUCCUUCAAGUGCCGUUAAAUAAGCAAUGUUAGUCUGAGAUGAGCUUUCUGUACGACAAUAAUAUGAAACUAUGUAUCCAUUUAAAAUAAUUAAAUAGAGGUGCGUACAGGCCCAAGAAUCGUUGAUAAAAAUUGUAACGACAGUGACUAUGUCGAAGUCCACGUUGCUUUUUAUAAUUCUUUUUUUUCUUUCACGGAUCUAAUUUGCUGUUAUAGUCGAGGUUGGCUCAUCGAACCAAAACGCGUGCGGUCAGUUUUAGAAAAAUAAAUUUUCUUCGAAACGAUCAUCGAGUAAAAAAAAUAAAAAAACACACGGAGCGCAACACGGCGACCCAUAUAAUUUGUACAAAUAUUUUAUUUUCUUUCGUAAAGAUUCGAUUAAAAAUAAGUUUACUUAUUUUGUCAAUUACAUAAUCCCUCAUUCGCUUUUUUUUUGUAAUUUGUUGAUUAUGAACGGAUGACGAAUGAUUCGCGGUCGUUUUUGCUAAUCAACCGGGACAUUAUUGUCCCCAGCAACGCUACGCCGGAAAAGGAUGUAUAGUUUAACGGUGUACUUAACAAUAUUUUAUAAUUAUAAAACGUACACAAAUCUGAUACUUUGCUGAGAAAGUCCGAGUAGUUUCGUUAUGUUAGGUGACGAUUGUUAAAGAAACCUUUUGACGGGCGAAAUAUUUAUUCGUAUUCUUUUCACAGAAUAAAUAAAACAAUUAGUUUGUAUAUAAAAAUGA